AUGAUAUGUUGGUACUUCUGAUUUUUAAGUCAUAUACUUUACAAAUAUACACAUUUGGAGGUAAACUAUUCCUUGUCUUAAAUAUUGAAUUUGCAAAGGAUUAACACAUAAUUAUAUUACGUUUUUGGAUCUUAAAAAAAAAAGAAAAAGAAAUAUAUAAAACUAUAUAGUUUACAUUGGACAAACUGAAUGGUUUCACUUUGAAUAAAAAAGAGGAUAAAAGAGCGAAUCUUUAAUAUGAUGACAGAAAAAAUUAACUCAAAUCAUGGAAAUAUGGUUAACAAUAAAAGUUUACAAUACGCGAAGGAAGAAAACCAAUUAGUUAUCGGAGAUGAUAUGGGCUGGAAGUCCAAACUUAAAAUUCCACCAAAAGAUAAUCGGUUUAAAACAAGUGAUGUAACUGAUACCCGUGGAAACGAAUUCGAAGAAUUCUGUUUAAAAAGGAAACUCCUGAUGGGAAUAUUUGAGAAAGGUUGGGAACGACCUUCGCCGAUUCAGGAAGCUGCAAUUCCCAUAGCUUUAAGUGGAAAAGACGUUUUAGCUCGAGCGAAAAACGGUACUGGUAAAACUGGGGCAUAUUGUAUUCCCGUUCUAGAGCAGAUAGAUCCUACUAAAGAUUGGAUACAAGCUUUAAUAAUGGUUCCGACGAGGGAACUGGCAUUGCAAACAUCUCAAAUAUGCAUUGAGUUGGCUAAACAUCUAGAUAUUAGAGUAAUGGUUACAACCGGUGGAACGGUUUUAAAAGACGACAUACUCCGUUUAUAUCAAAAAGUUCAACUUAUAAUCGCUACUCCAGGUCGAAUUCUCGAUUUGAUGGAUAAAAAGGUUGCGGAUAUGUCACAUUGCAAAAUCCUUGUUUUAGAUGAAGCCGAUAAACUUUUAUCACUUGAUUUCCAAGGCAUGCUGGAUCAUGUUAUUUUAAAAUUGCCGAAGGAUCCUCAGAUUCUUUUGUUUUCGGCGACAUUUCCUUUGACUGUUAAAAAUUUUAUGGAAAAACACUUGCGUGAGCCUUAUGAAAUCAAUUUAAUGGAGGAGUUAACUUUAAAGGGCGUUACUCAAUAUUAUGCAUUUGUCCAGGAGCGUCAAAAAGUUCAUUGCUUGAAUACUUUAUUCUCAAAGCUACAAAUAAAUCAAUCGAUCAUAUUCUGCAAUUCGACACAGCGCGUUGAGUUGCUGGCAAAGAAAAUCACUGAACUCGGCUAUUGUUGUUACUAUAUACAUGCGAAAAUGGCUCAAGGGCAUAGAAAUCGGGUAUUCCACGAUUUCAGGCAAGGAUUAUGUAGAAAUCUUGUGUGUUCAGAUCUAUUUACUCGAGGAAUAGACGUUCAAGCUGUGAAUGUAGUUAUCAAUUUCGAUUUUCCCAGGAUGGCUGAAACAUAUCUACAUCGCAUAGGGCGUUCAGGACGAUUUGGUCAUUUAGGUAUUGCUAUCAAUUUGAUAACAUAUGAGGAUCGAUUUGAUUUGCAUCGAAUUGAAAAAGAACUCGGAACUGAAAUUAAGCCAAUACCUAAAGUAAUUGAUCCAGCAUUGUAUGUUGCUAAUGUAGCUGUAAAUUCUGGCGAAUCUAGCGGUAACGAUUUCAAUAAUUCGUCUAACGAAGAAGGAAACGUUAGCAAAUAAUGUGCUAUUAUAAAUGGGAAACAUUUUAAAGCUGCAUACAUACAUACUUCUAAAUUGAAAAAAUUAUUGAAUUUAUUUUUCCCUUUGAAUUUUCAUUUUCGUACGAG